AGAUAUCUAACUUGAGCGUGUCACUACGAGAAUGCAGCCAUCUCAGAGUCCUGAAUCUUGGCAUGAAUCCACUUUUUAAACUUCCCGACGUAGUAACGCAACUGACCUAUCUUGAAGAGUUGUUUUUGAAUGAUUGUGACUUGGGAUUUAUCCCAGCCAAUUUGGGCCGAUUGAGUAGAUUGAAAGUUCUUGAAGUGAGAGCCAAUCAUCUAGCGACCUUACCAGCCUCUCUGGCGCGUUUCUCUAACCUUGUUAGGCUCGAUAUAGGACAAAAUGAACUUUUGUGUUUGCCUCCAGUCGUCAGGCAUUUGAGUGAACUAAGAGAACUAUGGUGUGAUUUCAAUUCCAUGUCUACCUGUGAUGAUUUGUCACAGAUGAAAUUUCUUCAUCAUCUCGAAGCAGGAGAUAAUUUACUGAAAAAGUUCCCAGCUGGUCUUCAUUUUUGUGAUCAACUAGUCAAUGUUACCCUUUCAUGUAAUCAUAUCAAGGAGAUCCCGGCUGAGAUUGGAAGCUUGAAAUCUCUGGUGACCUUGAAACUAGAUAUAAAUGAACUCACUAGUCUACCAUCAACAAUUGGACAACUUUCAAAUCUAGAAGAACUGCAUCUGUCCGAAAACUACCUGAAAUCGCUUCCACCAUCAAUUGGCUACCUUAGAAAGCUUAUAAUUCUCCAUCUGGAUAGCAAUUAUCUCAAGCAGAUACCACAGGAAAUUGGUAGUUGCAUUCAACUCAGGAUAUUAGGACUUCAGGAUAACAAAUUGAAAAGUAUACCACCAGAAAUAGGACAUCUUGCCAACUUGAGGGUUCUGUCGUUAGCGAAAAACAACUUGAGUUAUCUACCCUUAUCCAUUUUCAAACUGAAGAGGUUGAAAUCGCUUUGGCUGUCUUUCAAUCAAGGGAUGCCACUCACGCCUCUCUGUAAAAUGUAUGAUGCUGAAACUCGUAGUCACUAUGCAACAAAUUACCUACUGCCUCAGAAGCUUAUGAGUCCUGACACAAACGAUGAAGAGACAGACUCGUACAAGAGUAAGGAUAAAGGCAGACAACCUUUCAUCAAAUUUAGUGCAAAUGUUAAUUCAGCGGAAAGAAAUAGCGGAUUCACUAGAGUACCGACCCCCUAUCCCAGGAGACUGAAAAAAGCAUCGAGAAGUCCGAAAGAAGAAACGGAAGCUCAAGUGAUUUUGAAGAAUGAAAAGAAGGAAAAUGUUCCUGAUCGCACAUCAAGUUCUAUAAGAACAGCUGUUGUAAGACGUCCAGCCGUAUCAUCAGAAGGGGAAGACGAUUAUGUAAGCAUCACCCUCCACAAAACUUCAAAAGAACUCUCCGAUCUAUUGUCGAAAGGUAACAAAGAAGAAAGAGCUAUCACGAGAUCAGUGAAUGACUUGCUAUUAACAGAUUUAUUCCGACCUAUAUCAAAUACUGAUUCAGCUGACCUCUCAGUUGGUGAAGAUAAACCAGCUAUAAGCAUACGAAAUAGUGAAAACACUAGUAUUGUUCCCUCUAGAACUCCCAGUUUGCGAAAUGAAUCUUGUAUUUCUGACAAUACAAAAAUUCAGGUUAUCAAUGACUGUAAAAGCUACUCUUUUCGUGAUAAUUUUGACGUGAUGGAAAUCCAUUUGAGUAGUGUCAGCCAAGAAUCGACUGAUACAGCGAAGUGUGUGUCUGAUCCAGAAGAUGGUAGAAAUGGAAAAUUUUGGGCGUCAGUUGCAAUGUGUACACCCAGAAGUCAAUCGGUCGAUUCUGCAUCAGCUUGGACGUUUGGUCGUCAUCGCAAUGCAACUGUUAUAGAAGUAGUUGUGGAACGAGGUCCUGAAGGAAUUGGCUUCACUGCAACUGUUAAUAAUGAUGGAUGUAUUGUAGUAGAUAUCAUCAAUAAAACUUCAUUGAAGGUUAGUCCUGAUCUACGAUCUGGAGAUAAAAUUCUGCAGAUUGAAAAUAUGGACGUCAUGAAUUGCGAUUUGGAAUAUGUGAACUCGAUCCUCAGCAGUUGUCCUAGCCAGUUUUCUCUUAUGGUAUCUCGGUUGUUUUAAUGGUCUCAUUAACUUAUUUAUUUUCAUCAGACUAAACAUUUGUAUAUAAUAUGUGAUGAGUCAUAGAUGUAAUUUAUAUCAAAUUAUUACUGCUCUCUAUAAAAUAAUAAUGUAUAUGUUUGUAUAAUUUGUGCUGAUGCUCAGGUAACGUAAGAUUAGUAAUUAGAAUCUUAUAUGAUUAUUUAUUAUCCAUUUAAAACAAAGACCUAGUUCAAAAAGCAAGUAUUUUACAUGUUGCUAAUACUAGCUAGGCCUAUAUAUUAUUUAUGAAGUAUUCUAAUGAGUAAAUACAUCUUUCGAACCUAUCAUAUUGCAUCCCAUAAAAAAUUUUAAAUGAGUUCUGAACUCAGAAAUAUGUCCAUCUACUAGAUUUUCGGCUUUUCAAGCGACACGUGCUAUUUAUCAUUUUCAUUCCCUAGAAUUUUCUUUUUUCAAUACUUCAUUUCUUGUAUUUUUUCCAUCUUUGAUGAUUGGUUCUGUACAUCAAUCAUAAUUGUAGAAUAUGGUAUUUUUACAGCUAUGUAGCCUACAGCUACAUACGCAACUUACUUUAUACAAAUUAAUAAAAGACAAUAUGAAAACUUGUAGUACCAUUUAUUAUUUAAAACUUCAAAAUAACAAUAUGGAAAGUAAUAUUGUAAUAUUUUAAAGUUUUAAAUAACAAAGGGUACUACAAGUUUUCAUAUUGUCUUUUAUUAAUUUGUACAAAAGUAGCCCAUUCAAGUGAAGUGUUUAUCUUUAUGCCGUACGAAUAGGACAUUUCCAUUCUAUUUCAUAUACUAGUCAACUCGCGAUAUGUAAUUUAUAUUAGGGUUAUGAUAAUUCAUGUUGUAUAAAAAAAAUCCUAAUAAUAUUUUAUUUCUAUGUUAUGAUUUAUUAGGUCUUCUUUUAACUAUCACUACUGUUCAUCUUGGCUUAUGAACAGUUCAGUUCCAAUUGACUAUUUAUGUGCUCAUAUUUUGUAGCUCAUUCAACAUUAAUUCUUUGAUAAAGGUCCAUCUCUUAGAAUUUACUCUUCUCUUUUUCUCUGAUAAGAUUUUUCAAAAAUGAGAUCUUCUUCAAGUGCUUCGUAGCUUUGCAAGUAGACUAUCCAAGCUUACUGAAGUUUAUGAGAUGAUUAUAAGCCAUUUAGAGCUUAUUUAUGCUCUACUAUUACUUUGAUAUUUUUGUGGUGGUACUCAUAUUUGUUGCCGCCUCUCUCUUGCCUGUUUGCUGAGAUGGUGUAUACGUUCCUGAGGAACAUAUUGGUGGAUAAGUAGAUUCAUAUAGUAACGAUUUUUGCCAAAGUAUUAAGCCUACUGAAGAAGAAAAUCGCCUCAGGGAGACAGAGUUUAUUCUGUCCGGGGUGUGGCAGUCUCCCGGGGGUAACCAAGCAAGUGGCAACCAACUAGAAUGAUUGAUUCUGCUUAUAUCUCGCCUGUUUCUGGAGAUGGCAGUCUAUGGUACAUAUUUUGUAUUGUUGCUGGAUAGGAAAAAAUGAUCAUAAGUGGGAAACUUGUUUUGCUGGAUAAAAAACAGUCAGUUAUCCUCAGAUGGACUUCUCCAGCUCAAUAACACUGAUUUCCAAAGGAUUUAGCCAUGGACGUAAAUUCUGGUCUUUUAUGUUUGGGUUACUCAGAUCUCGGAUUUAAAUAUUAUUCGAAUACCGAUUCAAUUACACCAGAUAUACCCUCCGAGAGACAAUCAUCUAAUGCAAAAGCCCUCAACCGUUUUCAAAGAAAAGAAAUGAAAAGAUUCCAUCACUCGUAACCCUUUUUUUAACUUUCUAAGAUGCCUUAGUAUGCAAGGAAAAAAUCCCUAUAAAAAUAUUUUCCGUAGGAACUUGUACACCAUCAGAAGUAGUCUUUCUUUAAUCAACAAUGUUCUAACUAUGUCUUUAGGAUAAUGGAUUGUAGCAAUUCUCAGUUAUAUAUUUAUUGUACAAAUACGGUAAUAUAUGUAAAUUGUAUCAAUUUAA